AUGGCGGAUCGAGAAAUCCUAGUGGUGAAGAAGAUGCGAGUGGGCGUGGACUCACCGGAUCGAAGCCAAGAGCAAAGGCUACGACGACGGUGGAGAAGCGAGGCAAUGGCGGAGGAGAAGCGAACAGGCGGAAGGAGAGCACGCCAAGACGGGAGGCCUUGCCGACUGUGGUGGCGGGGAAGGCAGGCUCACUCGGACCUGCUGGCUUCAAGCGUCGGUGGCGGAUGCGACGGACGAAGUGGAAGUCGCGCGGGCGGGCGGCGGCGAUGGUCUCCCCGACGCCAAUCGACUCCGGGCUCAACUUCUCCUGCACAUGGCGUCGGCGGCGAUCCUCCGGUCCGUCGCCCGCUCGCUCCGGCUCCGGCAGCUCCGGAGCAGCAGCGGUGCUUGAUGGAGCGGCGAUUCCUCAGCAGUUCCGUGCCCACAGAGAGAUAUCCCUCCUCGGGUACUCAUUCAAGAGACGCUAUGGAACAGAAGAGUCGCAUCAGCGGGAAGGAAGAUGUGUAUGAACGACUACUAAUGAAGAUCGAUAAGGUUUCCGAGGGCUUGGAUGAACACCACCGCCUGCUUAAGCAGCUUGAGGUUCAGAUGAAGGAAAACAAGGGCCGGUGGACUACUGGGCACGCCAAAGAAGGGCAGCAACAACGUGCUGCAGAUUGCAUUGGAGGAAUUCAAAUUGAUGAUACAAAUCACACCCCAGCGGCUAAAAAUUCUGGCAUCCCAGAGAAACAUUUCUGCUCCUUUCCAUUACAGGAGCCUAGGACUGUCACGAAGACCCCCAAGGAGCGUCGCCCCUUCUACAUUUCGAGGAUAGAUGACAGAGGUCGUUGGCAAGAGAUUAAAGGCAAACUCUCUGAGCAUUCAAAGCAGCCACCUAUUGAAAUUGAUCGAUGGGAGAGGAGAAGAAAAUUUCUGAAACACGUUAAGGGAAGGUGCCUUAACUGCCUAGCCACAGAUCAUAGAGUGUUGGAUUGCAGAAGGAGCACCCGAUGCUGGCGCUGCCUAGAGCCAGGCCACGAAUCAAGACAAUGCCCUUCCCUUCGGAGUUGUUCUGCACUUCCAGUUGCCUCUACCAAGGCCCCUCGUGGAUCUCCCUCUUGGACUGUGCGUGCAAAAGCCUCCCCCUGUCUCUCCAAACAAUCUCUACAGAAGACUUAUCUUCAGGCUCUGAUGGAAGGGGAGGAUCUCAGUGUUGUUUCUUCUCAGGAAGAGUAUGAUGUCUGUAAAUCCAGACCCCACCUCGCUCCUCGAUCAUCCAUAGUAAUGGCAAUCAGCACGGGCACAAUAGGGAGCAACAACCUCCCCACCUUCAAGUUGAUGAUUACAAGGACCGUGGGUGGCGCGGGGGGCAGCGCCAUCAUGGCCUGGCUAAGCGGUGCCGAUCCUCGCAUUGCGGGGGAAUGGGGCAGGACUGCUACAGCUCCAGUCGCUGGAUUGCCCGCAACGAUCAGGGGGGCACAUCUUCACGCCGCAGCAGGCAAGUGGAUGCUAUAA